UCGGCGCCGCGGGCUCUCCGUGCGCCCGGGACCCGCGGGGCGCGGAGGUCGAGGGAGGAAGCCGGGGCUAGCGGGGAGCAGCGGGGCAGCCCCGGCCCCGGGCCAGCGCGCCUCGAGCGCUCGGCGCGGCGCCUCCAGCUGGACGGCGCGCCCGCCCUCGGCCUCGCGCCCACCGCGCCGGCCUCCUCCGCUCGGUCCCCGCCGGAGCCGCGCCCACCAUGCGCCUCAACAGCUCGGCGCCGGGUCCCCGGGGCGCGCCGGGCGCCAAGCCCUUCUCGCUGCCACCCUCGGGGCUGGAGGCGGCGCUCCUGGUCCCCGGCUUCAGUAACGGCUCCGGCAACGAGUCCGAGCGCCUCCGAGCGGCGCCCAGCAGCGACCUGGAUGUGAACACGGACGUCUACUCCAAGGUGCUGGUGACUGCUGUGUACCUGGCGCUCUUCGCGGUGGGCACGGUGGGCAACUCGGUGACGGCGUUCACGCUGGCGCGCAAGAAGUCGCUGCAGAGCCUGCAGAGCACCGUGCACUACCACCUGGGCAGCCUGGCCCUGUCGGACCUGCUCAUCCUGCUGCUGGCCAUGCCUGUGGAGCUGUACAACUUCAUCUGGGUGCACCACCCCUGGGCCUUCGGCGACGCCGUCUGCCGCGGCUACUACUUCCUGCGGGAUGCCUGCACCUACGCCACCGCCCUCAACGUGGCCAGCCUGAGCGCGGAGCGCUACCUGGCCAUCUGCCACCCCUUCAAGGCCAAGACCCUCAUGUCCCGAAGCCGCACCAAGAAGUUCAUCAGCGCCAUCUGGCUGGCCUCGGGCCUGCUGGCCAUGCCCAUGCCCUUCACUAUGGGCCAGCAGAACCGCAGCGCCGACGGCCACCAUCCCGGUGGCCUGGUGUGCACCCCCAUCGUGGGCACCGCCACGGUCAAGGUCGUCAUCCAGGUCAACACCUUCAUGUCCUUCGUGUUCCCCAUGGUGGUCAUCUCCAUCCUGAACACCAUCAUCGCCAACAAGCUGACCAUCAUGGUCAGCCAGGCAGCUGAGCAGGGCCAGGUGUGCACAGUUGGAGACCAACACAGCUCAUUCAGCAUGUCCAUCGAGCCCGGCAGGGUCCAGGCCCUAAGGCACGGUGUUCGGGUCUUACGGGCAGUGGUCAUCGCCUUCGUGGUGUGCUGGCUGCCCUACCACGUGCGGCGUCUCAUGUUCUGCUACGUCUCAGACACGCAGUGGACCCCGUUCCUCUACGACUUCUACCACUACUUCUACAUGCUGACCAACGCUCUCUUCUACGUCAGCUCCGCCAUCAACCCCAUCCUGUACAACCUGGUCUCCGCCAACUUCCGCCAGGCCUUCCUGUCCACGCUGGCCUGCCUCUGUCCCCUGUGGGGGCGCAGGAGGAGGAGGCCGGCCUCCUCCGGGAAGACCAACAGCGUGUCCAGCAACCACACCUUCUCCAGCAACGUCACCCGGGAAACGCUGUACUAGGCGGGUGGGGCCGGCGCACCCCCCAGGGAGGAGGCUGGGGGGUCGGCGCCCCCACCCCCGGAGCAGGAGCGGGGCCCCACUUCUUUCAGCUUCUCCCUCAGCCUGCCCCGCCCCUCCCUCCUCUCCUCUUUGAAAGCCAGAGAGUGAUUGCUCCUCUCCCGGAUCCAGAAAGGGCCUUUAAUGAGGAGAAAUCAGUGGUGGGUGAAGGCAGACUUCUUUGUUCCCAGACGGCUGUGUUGAGAGAGGACAGAAAUGAAAGGCACAGGCCGGGCGGGCGUUGGGAGGCGGCGGCCCCCCCAGAGGCGGCAGUGCCGGGAGAGGGGGAGUGCUGGCCACGGUCCUGGCACCGGAGGGAGCGAGGAGAGCACCCCUACCCUCCUGCGGUACUGCAGGCAGCCAGACUGCCACCCUCCAAGGGCCAUUCCCAGGGACUUCCAUGCGCCCCAGCGGGCCACCCGGGACUCAGGCCGUCGGCCGGACCCAGGCCUCCUUCGCCCCCUUCCUCGCCAGGCUCUGCAGAGUUGCAGAACUCUCCGGAAGGCCUCUUGGCUUGGCAGAGUUAGUGGAAUCUUGUCUCCAGCCCAGGCCAGGCCAGGACGUCCCGCGUGCCCUUGUCCGCUGUGCGGGUGAGCUCCCCUGCUCGGCUCCCUGGAGUGGAGGCCAGUCGGCCAGGUCCCAGAGAGAUGCCAGCUCUGGGGACUCAGCGGCAGGGGAGGAGGAGGAGCCAUGGGUACAGCCCGUCUGUCACGGCCGGCGGGCCGCAGCCCCAGCUCCAGGGACACAGAAGGGCAGGCGCCUCCUUGGUCUGUAAGAGCCGGUCUCCAGACAGGAUGGCCUGGGCCUGGCCUUGCCCUAGAAGUUCCCCUGAGCCAGGGGAAGACAGUGGCAGAAGGGCCUGGAAAGUGAGAUGCACUUUUAAAGGUAGGUUCUCGCCUGGCUUAGGAGCAUAUUUGGCCUGAAGGGAGAUGGUCACGCCGGCCGACUGCUGCGAGCAGCCCUGACUUGGGACUCAGGAGGCCGGGUCCCUGUCCUGGGUGACCAAGGCUCGAUGUCGCCCCAGCAUGAAAACAAGCUGGAUGGGACGACGUCGAUGGGCAUCUUACUAUGAACCGUGUCCUGCUUAAACCCCACAGGGUCCUUCCCCAUUCACCAAGGACAGCACCAGGGUGGGGGGUCAGCCCACAGUGGGUCCUGUGACCCAGGGGCCAUCCACACAGGGGACGAGGCCAGCCCAGACCUCGCACACAGCAUCUGCUCUGGGCGGGUGAGCAGGGCAGCUGGGCAGCGAGUGGGCAUCUGUUUAGCAAAGGCUGAGGCUGGGCCCGGGCAGUGGGCGUCAGAACGAGGGCCUGGGCUCGUUCCUGGAGGCCCUCAGACCCUCCCUGUGCUCCGGACCUUGGGCCUGGAUCCUCCGCUCGGCCACCUGACAGAUGGGUGUGGUCGUUCCUGCCUCUGGGCCGGGACACGUGAGUCCGGUGGACCCAGCGCAGGAUGGACAGAAGGGGCGGUUCCCUGGGGUGGGGGCAGGGUUGACGCAGGAUGGGGACACCCCACCAUCCCGGAGCCUCCUGGACACAGCGGGGCGGGGUCUGUACUGCAGCCCAAGUCUGUUUGACUCUCGCCGUCUUCGCCUUCCUGUGUGCCCGCUUCGUGCAGGUAGAGCCACAGCCACGCGCAGCCCCUGGUGCCGUCCAGCCCCAUAGAGUCGGUUCCUGGCCACGUCACACGCAGCUCCAGAAGCCGGUGUCCCAUGUGACUGGCCAGCAGUGAUGCUGAAACCCCGUCAUGUGGCUUGAGCCCCCCGCCAACUGUGACGUAACCAGCAAGAACAAAGCCACCGAGCCCUCAAUAAAGGAGCCGUGGCCCCCGUGGCUGGGAUCCAAUGUCCAGGGGCCAGUGCGCCCACAUCCAUUCAUCCACUCAUUGGUUUAUUGAACAGGCAUUUACUGACGCAGCAGCCAACCCUCCCCGGGGCCCUUUUACCAACCACGUGCUCUUUGGUGGUGGCUCCUGAAGGCUGGGGGGCAGGGGGCUGGGGUCCCCCGGCUCGGGGCCUCUCCCCCCACCAGGGCUUCAAGAAACAGCAGCGGAAGAAGGAACUUCUGCAGAAGACCCUGAAAGCUGUGGGCCCCCGAGGCCUGAGGCAGGGACACAUGAGCCCACCCCACUGUGCAGCCAGCAUGC